AUGAACAACAGCUCUUUGCUACAUAACCGAAACAGAGAGCGUACACCUGAAUUUAACCUUGCUUCGCCUCCGUUUACUAGUAAUUCUCCGGUUCCUACUACUCCAUCAUUUCGACAACAUUUGGAUUUUGAUGAUAAGACUUAUAGUGAAAAUGAAACUGGUAUGUCACCACCUGCUGAUGGUCGAAUGAACGUUUCAUUGCCUUCUCGAAGCACCGUUUCACCUUCACCUUUAGCACGUUUUACUGGAAGUGGCAAUACUCCACCAAGUUCUCGUUCUAGGAAGAGAGGGCCGCGAGCUGGAGAUGAGCUUUUUGGAAUUGAGAGACGUUUUUUGAGAACAAGUAAAGACAGUGAAGAGAAGGGGGAUAACGAUGAAGGUUUUGGUGAAAAGAAGGGAGGAGGAGUUGGGAGUGAUUAA